UAAUAUUUCUUUUUGGCCUCACAUUUAGAUCUUAUGCAAAAUGGAAGUCGAGAGGGACCAGGAGCCCGCCGUCGCCACCAAUUCGCCGGCCGGAGUUCGUAUAUGGGCCAGCACUAACAGCCUGGUUUUGGGGCCCUCACCUUCCAAUCCACAUACUCUCCGCAUCGUGAAUCCCUGGACAACUGAGUAUCUCGAUCUCCCUCCGCUUUUCGGUGGGGGAAGAGUUUUAAGGCACAACCUUUGUUUGAUGUAUGUUGCGGCCACAAACGAGUACAAAGUGGUGCAAGUCCAAAUCGCGGGAGGUUUACGUGGCAGCGCGGUUUCCUAUGAGUAUGUCGUGUUGACUGUCGGGUCCGACACCUCGUGGAGGCUCGUGGACCAUCUUUCUCGUGAGACGAAGGCUCUGUUGUCGAUUAGUAACCCGUUGACGACUGAUGGUUUUGUGCACUGGGUCCCGUGUAGUGGUGGGUCUACUAUUUUGACACUUGAUGCGGAAACCGAGGUUAUGACUGAGUCGAGGCUUCCCGUGCCUUUAGGUCGUUGGGGGGAGAGCGAGUUUUUAGUGUCGGGAGGGAAGAACUUGACGCUUGUGGUGAAAAAGCUCGGGAGGAGUUUCUCGUGGGACGUGUGGGAGAUGAGUCCCAAGACGCGGGUGUGGAGAAAGACGGUUAGCGUUGAUUUGGAGGACGAGAGGUUAGAAGGGUUUAUUCGGGACAGAGAUGAAAAGUUGGCUUUCAAUACAAGUUAUGUUCGUUUUUUUCCAGUCGGUUGGCUAAAUUAUCCGGAGGUUUUGGUGUUUGCUCCGAGUAGAGGUCGAUAUUGCAUGUUGUAUUGGGUUCGUACGCGUGAGAUUGAGUCGAUUGAUCUGCCUAAGGAAAGCUAUAGUUAUAUGGCCCAUCAGAGUGGGUUGGUGUCACCCACAGGAUUCGAGAGCGACCAGGAGUCCGCCGUCGCCACCAAUUCGCCGGCCGGAGUUAUGGCCAGCUGCAAUCGUACUCCGAUUUGUUAUUUCAGGCGGAGGUUUCGGUCAACAAACACGGAGUCCCUUUCUGAAGAUUUGCUAUCCAACAUUCUCCUUCGUCUCCCGACUCGGGAUAUCCAUGACUCGGCUCGGCUCGUUUGCCGCAGGUGGGCCCAGCUGACCCGCUCUCGUGACUUCACACUCGCGCACCUCCGCCGUGAGGGCAGUGGGCUCCUUUUACAAAGCAUAUUUUCACGUGAGGAUUUGAUUUUUAUCUCCUCCAGUGGGCCGGGCCGGGCCGAGACAUCCCGGUCGCGCCUCGAAUUGGGCCGAGACCCCACGGGCCUGCGUAUAUGGGCCAGCUCUCACGGCCUUGUUUUGGUGCCCUCACCUUCCAAUCCACACUCUCUCCGCGUCGUGAAUCCCGGGACAACCGAGUAUCUCGAUCUCCCUCCGCUUUGCAGUGGGAGAAGAUUUUUAAUGCACUGCAUUUGUUUGAUGUAUGUUGCGGCCACAAACGAGUACAAAGUGGUGCAAGUCCAAAUCGCGGGAGGUUUACGUAGCAGGGCGGUUUCCUACGAGUGCGUCGUGUUGACUGUCGGGUCCGACACCUCGUGGAGGCUCGUGGGCACGGAGGACAGUCUUUCUCGUGAGACGAAGCCUCUGUUUUCGCUUAGUAGCCCGUUGACGACCGAUGGUUUCGUGCACUGGGUCCCGUGGAUGGGUGGGUCUACUAUUUUGACACUUGAUGCGGAAACCGAGGUUAUGACCGAGUCGAGGCUUCCCGUGCCUUUAGGUCGUUGGGGUUGGGGGAAGAACGAGUUUUUAUUGUCGGGAGGGAAGAAUUUGACGCUUGUGGUAAAAAAGCGCGGGGGGAGUUUCUUGUGGGACGUGUGGGAGAUGAGUCCCGAGACGCGGGUGUGGAGAAAGACGGUUAUCGUCGAUUUGGAAGAAGACGAGAGGUUAGAAGGGUUUAUUCGGGACCGUGAUGAAAAGGUGUAUUUUUGGGAUGCAAAUGAUGUUCGAUUUUUUCCAGUCGGUUGGCUAAAUUAUCCAGAGGUUUUGGUGUUUGCUCCGAGUAGAGGUCGAUAUUGCAUGUUGUAUUGGGUUCGUACGCGUGAGAUUGAGCCGAUUGAUCUGCCUAAGGGAAAAUAUGAUUAUGUGGCCCAUCAGAGUGGACUGAUCGUCGAUUUGGAGGACGAGAGGUUACAGGGGUUUAUUCGGGACCGUGAUGAAAAGAAGGUGGCUUUUUUGGAUGCAAAUGAUGUUCGGUUUUGUCCGGUCGGUUGGCUAAAUUAUCCGGAGGUUUUGGUGUUUGCUCCGAGUAGAGGUCAAUAUUGCAUGUUGUAUUGGGUUGGUACGCGCGAGAUUGAGUCGAUUGAUCUGCCUAAGGAAAGCUAUAACUAUACGGCCCAUCAGAGUGGAUUGAUGGCCAGCUGCAAUCGUACUCCGAUUCGGUUGACAAACAUGGAAUCCCUUUCCGAAGAUUUGCUAUUCAACAUUCUCAUUCGUCUCCCGGCUCAUGAUAUCCAUGACUCGGCAAGUCUCGUUUGCCGCAGGUGGGCCCACCUGACCCGGUCUCGUGACUUCACACUUGCGCACCUCCGCCGUGCGGGCACAGGGCUCCUUUUACAAAGUCUGACUUCGCUUGAGGGUUUGACUUUUAUCUCCGGCGGGCCGGGCCGGGCCGAGCCAUCCCGGUUGCGCCACGAAUCGGGCCUGCUUAUACGGGCCAGCUGUCACGGCCUGGUUUUGGUGACUCCAUCUUCCAAUCCAUAUACUUCCCGCAUCGUGAAUCCCGUGACAACCGAGUAUCUCGAUCUCCCUCCGCUUAUCGAUAGAAGAUAUUCUAGUGGCAGUUUUUGUCUGGUGUAUGUGGGGGCCACGGACGAGUACAAAGUGGUGCAAAUCCGAUUGAAGAUAGACUUACGUGGUGCAGUUGCCUAUGAGUGCACCGUGUUGACUGUCGGGGCCAACACCUCGUGGAGGCACGUGGGCGAGGAGGACCUUCUAUCUGAUGAUAUUAUAUUUUCGCUUGCUAACCCAUUGACGACCGAUGGUUUCGUGCACUUGGUUCCGAUCCCAAAUCGUGGUGGGUCGACUAUUUUGGCAGUUGAUGCGGAAACCGAGGUUAUGACAGAGACGCGGGCUCCCGUGCCUUUAGGUCGUGAGAGGGAGAGCGAGUUUUUAUUGUCAGGAGGGAAGAAUUUGACGCUAGUGGUGAAAAAGCUCGGGGGGAGUUUCUCGUGGGACGUGUGGGAGAUGAGUCCCGAGACGCGGGUGUGGAGAAAGACGGUUAUCGUCGAUUUGGAGGAAGAUGAGAGGUUAGAAGAGUUUAUUCGGGACCGUGAUGCGAAUGAUGUUCGGUUUUGUCCAGUCGGUUGGCUAAAUUAUCCGGAGGUUUUGGUGUUUGCUCCGAGUAGAGGUCGAUAUUGCAUGUUGUAUUGGGUUUGUACGCGUGAGAUUGAGUCCGUUGAUUUGCCUGAGGAUGCUGCAAGCCUUGAUGCACGAUUUCUUCGCCCGCUUCUUGUCGGAGUCCUUGCGGAUGACCUUCGCCGGGUACUUGGCGACGCCGGCGACGAGGCAAUGGCCGUAGAGGCGGUCGCGGGUGCCGUCGUCGAAGUUCUUGAGGACGGUGGCCUUGUGGCCGGUGUAGCGGCCCUGGAGGAGUAUCAUCGCCUUGUUCGCCUUGAUGAAUUUCACCAUUUUUCUUUUCGCUUUGGUGGAGGCUCCUGCGCUGCUGUUGAGCUCUGUGUGGCAAUGUUAAUGGUUGAUUAG